CAAUGCCAGGCUACCAGCAUGUCCGCAGGCUUGCCAGGGCCUUGGUGGGGGUGAGGAACCGUCAGGGGUUGUCGGACCGCAGGGUAGACGGUCUGGUGGCACUGUGGCUGGUGAUGCCAGACUUCGACAAACAGCGCUUGAUCUACCCUGCCCGAAACCAGGAGAGGAUCGUUCAGGGGCGGUUCAAAACAACGAAGGGGAAGUUGUCCAUUAUCCUAGGAAAAGACUCUCUCCAAUGGUAUGUUGUUAGUGUUCAUGUCCUCCACCUUACUAUUUUAUUGCCUGCCUCUACAUUAAAUGCAUAUGAAGGUCAGGCGAUGGCUAUCAUUAUUCAAUGUUCUCUAAUUAUUUAUCUCCUCUGUUUCAGUUGCCUUCUCGGACUCAACUCGGGCCCUGCAAAUUGGCCGGGCACCAGCCGUUUGGUGGAGGCCAUUUGCAGUCAGCUCUGCCAAAUCCAUCCCAGCGCCACGCAGUCUGCCGGCGUCAAGAAGAGCAGGUGGGCGCUCAUUCUGGCAGACUACGUGGGCAUCAGGGAGGCAGUGCUGAACAGCCCGAGGUUGAUGGCCCAGACCAACCUUCAGCUCUUUGAGCUGAAUCAAAGGACCAUUAGUCAGUGGUAUUCCCAGCGUCAGAAGGAGAGGGAGAGGAUGGUGCUGCAGCAGGGAAUGGGGCUCGCUGCUGCACCCAGCGUCACCACCCAGCCCCUCCCUGCAGCCAAGCCCCUCCACUUCAAGCAGGAGGGAAUCAGGGCACCCUUCCCUUUCCCUACGCCACCCUCCCCCCCGGUCCCACGCCAAACCAUCCAGCAAGGAGAGCCCGUCCACGCGCCCAUUCUGCCAGCCCACCUGGAGCAACAACCCCCCGCACUUCCCGGCCCCUCCCCAGCCCAAGGACCACAGACGGGCUGCUCUUCACCUCCAGUGUCAAGGACAACGGCUUGGAGGAAGAGGAUCGCGGCGGACACAGAGGAGGGGACAGCCGGGAAGAGAAGGCAACGUGAGCAUUACGUCUGCUCCAAAUGCGUAUUGCCGAAGCGACGGGAGACGGGCCACAGCCGCUUCGGCGGCGUGGCGUUCUGCUCUGUUGCUGCUGGGGGUAAGGUCUGUUGCUGCUGGGGGUAAGGACGUGGCCCAGUGGCUGGCGGAAAUGAAGGACGCUAAGGGGCGAGGUGAAGGACACUGAGCCACUGGCUGGGUGGUCGGACGUUUUAAUUUGUAAAUAGUUCACUGUUCCCCUCUACCUGGACCGAGACCUUGAGCGCGGUGUAGAGGCUUGUGUGUGUUGAGGACCCUCAGAGCUAUAUUGUCUGUAGUCUAUAAGACUACUGGUAGGGUAACCCAAGGUAGGCAGUUCUGAGGCGAGACACCAGACUAACAUCGGUCCGUUCCCAAACAAAAUCCUGUAAAAAAAAAAAGAGGAUAGACAUUACAAUAUACAAAUAUAAAUCAAACAUGAUUUAUCAAC